AGCAUUUACUGUAGUUCGUGGGCUACUGAAAGACGUGACAUACUACAGGAACAAAAUGAGUCAGGGAGCAGGAGAUGCCGUUCCUCGCAUCUUAUUAAAAGAGGUUCCGAAAGGUGCGAAGAUAAUUGAUAUAUAUUGGGGACUUCAGAAAUUCGGUGCUAUUACGUACAUUGGACUUGGCAAUGACAUAGCUGUAAUAGAGUUUGCAGACAGGAUCUCAGUUGGUAAAGUACUGUCGAGCCACCCAGUUCGAGUGAAAACGAAUACAGUGCGUGCUUCACAUGAGGCCGAAUGGAAGUCCAUUUCGGGACUGGUCAAGAUGCAAGAGAUAUUUACACUAGAUCCAGACAUAAAGGCAGUCUUGAAGAAUGAGGACUCUUUUAACCAGAAAAUUGCCGAUCUGGUUAGUACGGCCGAUAAAUUGACUUUGGACUUUGAUGAUAACAUCGAUGAUGGUGUCGGCAGUCGGGAACGUCAUCCGGUGUGUGCCGUGCUAGAGAGGAUACUUCAUGACGAGUUAGGUCCCAACAUGAGAGUGUACCCAUUUGGCUCUCGUGUCUCCGGUACUGCUCUGGAGACAAGUGACCUCGACAUCUUCAUAGACUGUGGUGACAUGUUCUACGGCAAGUAUGUCCCGAGCGUGGAGGAGCUGGUGUCCAUUGUGCAGAACGUGAAACGACAGCUAGGUAAGGCGUGGCCCGAGUUCGACCACGUGACGGCCAUUCCCAGGGCACGUGUGCCCAUCGUCAAGUUCCUCCACUGUCCCAGCAACACGCGCUGUGAUGUAGCCUUCAAGAAUGGCAUCGGUUGCCGCACUGCUCGGCUGUUGAGAUUUGUGUUGUCCCUGGACAGCCGCAUCCGGCCCCUCCUGUUGUUCCUCAAGCGCUGGGUUUACAGCAUAGACUUGACGCCGGUAGCCAGGAGCUCACAGAGACCGGAGCUGACGUCCCAUGCUCUUCAUAUGGUCACCUUCACCUUCCUACAGACGGUGAAGCCUCCCAUCCUGCCUCCCAUAAAGGAUAUGAAGGAAGCUGCGGACUACAGCAUCAAGGUUGCAGGUUGGGAAACCGCAUUUUGCAACGACAGCGAACAGUUCCGCAUCACAGAUCCCCACGACAGGCGAUCUGUCCGUGAACUAUUGCUGGGCUUCCUGCAGUGCUUCCAGCAGAUCGACUGGCAGAAGAUGGCGGCAUCUCCGCUGGAUGGAGCGUUUUUGCCACGCCAGUCGGUGCCAUGCACUGUGCCUAUGAAAUCUGCAGCGAUGGUGGUUCUCGACCCGUUCAACCUGAGUCGAAACCUGACCGUGAACGUUAGUGACAUGGCACUGUGUCGACUCUGCGCAACUUGUGCAUUGACAGAGAGGGAGAUGACGUCUCGCUGAUGGCAGGUGCAGCACCAGUGACUUCCAAUUUUUUUUGGUCAAGCCGAGCAGCAAAGCAACUUGUGACUGUGUGAUACAUCAUUUAUCUUCCAGCUACAGUAGCAUAUAAUCUACCCUAACCACUUCUGGUUUUGCAUGUAAGAUGUAAAGCAGCAUAUGGUAUUGAAACAUAUCUGUACUCAUGAUAAUAUAUUAAUUUAUUUAAGGCACUAACUUGAUGCACAAGUGUCUAUUGUGAUUUUGCUAAUUGCAUUAGUAGAGCUUAAAUUAUGGCAGUAUUCAGCCAUUAAAAGUUUGGGCAAACAACCACAAUAUUUCAGUAUGAAGUUUGUGCAUAUGACAGUGGAGAUGACAAAGAAAAUGUAUAAUAUGUUUUGUUGACUUAGGACACUGCACAGUAAAUUAUAUUAGUUGAUUCUGUUUGUAUGUAUGGUCAUGUCUUAUCUUUUAAGUUUUCCAUUGGUUAAUAUCAAAAUUGUUAAAAUGUUGCUGGAAGAAAAUAAUGUAAUUCUACAAUUAGUCUCAUAAAAGUUACUGCCCAACAUAAAGCUCGGUUUCUUGGAGAAACCAAACUUUUUAUGGCAGUGUUGAAUCUUUUCAUUUUGGGAAAGGUUAUGUACAUAUGUAUAGAACAGGAAUCUCAUAGAAAGGAAGAUGAAUUAAAAAAAAAAAAUUAAAAAUGUAUGUCAAGUUCUAUGUUAUU